AUGCUUCCCUGUCUUCUGUUGUUGAUUUGGCUUCGUCUCUACAUGGCCAGACAUGCUCAGCACUGGCAGCCCAUCACCGACUUUGCCACGAAGAUCUACUUCUUUGGCUGGGACGCAACAAGCUUGUACGAGCCAGAGGUGUUGGAACGCUUUAUGGCCAUUUCACAGACGAGGCUUUGGGGUCUUUCUUGGCCCUUGAUGCACUCGGAAAACUGGACCAAAGCCGAGCCAAAGAUUCGAGGCUUGCUGGCAAGCAUUGGCUGCUGUUUGGUGAGCCCCUUGCUUUUCCUGCCGCGGCUCCUCAACCAUCUCGACCUUUUGCGUUUCUGGUCGGAGACAGAACCGUUGCGCAUGGUUAUGCUGUACUGCCUGUCCUUCCCUGCAGCACGGAGGGCUUCCCAAAGCCUAUACUGUCAGGAGCUGGGCCAGACGGGGCCGGACCAGGUAGUGCUCUACUAUAGUGGCGCCAUCGAGUGCAGCCCCUCGCAGAGUUUGCACUAUUUGGCCGCGCUUGGUGCACUGAUUUGGUCAUUGUGGCCAUUCUUGUGCUGGUGGCAGAUGUGCCGCAGCCGCAAGAAUGGUAUGGAAGAAGCAGCCUUCAGAAGGCGCUACGGCAUAAUGCUCUUGGGCUACAACAACUCAUGCUGGUGGUGGGAGGUGGUGGUUUUCUUGCGAAAGUUCUUCCUGAUCAUAGCAGAGGUGCUUCCUUUGUCACCACUACAGCGGUACUUCUUCAUUUCUUGCGUUGCACUCGCUGCGCUCAUUGGCCAAGUUACGGCGAAGCCAAGCGAUCAGCGCUUUGAGGACCUUUUGACCGGUUUGGAAAUGAAGCAGCUUUUGGUGCUAUUGAUCUCCUCCUCACUGUGCAUGAUGACGGCACAGGGCUGGUUGCAGCCCUUUGGGGUAGUUAUUGCGGUAGCAGUGUUGCACGUCCUCUACGUUGCAACUGUGGCCUUCUCCAUGGGGCUCAUCCGUUUAACUGCCGCCGAUGCGCAGACGUUCAAGCGCUGGGAACAGGGCACCCGAGGUUGCCUCAAACGCUUCACCAAGCUACUUGUGACCAUCAAGGACCGGCAAAGUGCGGGGCAGCCAUACGUCGCAUAUGACAACGCCCAUCGUUUUGUUUCGGUGCUGGGCAGUGCUGCUGGGCGAUGCCCAGUUCCACAUUUGCCCAUCGGCCGGCAACUGGGUGAGGCCGGAAGGGCCUCACAGUGGACAUCGCAUAUGCGGCAGGUGAGAUGCAAACUCUCAGAGGUGCCAAGGCAUUUGAAGGACUUCACCUGGGUCUCAUUGCAACAGCGAAGGGCUGUGGCAAGGGAGAUCCUCUUCACCGUGGCCUACAUUGCCAAAAGCUCUGCCGUGAUGAGCUCUUUACUGCUGGACUUUGUGGUGCGAGCAACUUUCCUGAUUGCGGCUGAACAGAGCAGGGAUGCUCAAGAUGAUGACCCACAGGAGGUUGAUAAGCACGCUUGGCAGGAAGCGAAUCGAAGACGCGAUUUGCUCGUGAUAGCAAAGCUGGCAGAGGAGGCGCGUUUGCGAGCUGCGGUGCUUGGGCAGGUGGUGCCUGGAGGCCCAGCUUUGCAAGAGGAGCUGCGCAGUGAGAAGGACGCCGUCAUCAGCUGGGGACACUGGGAUCUUUGCCACGCAGUCCAGCAGCGUUUGCUUAAGGAAGACCGCUCUCUUGAGCCUGAGGACUUCGUGCAUUUGGAGGAAUCGCAAACAAUGGCAUUUGAAGGUGAGCAUGUUCCGACCACACCCACGGCCAAGCAGCUACAGCUACCGAGUGCAGCGGAGAGCGCACGAGCGCUUCCACAUCAUGAAGGACAGGAAAGAGUGCAACAAAAGGUUUACAAGAUGUUCUCCCCCACGAUCUUCCGAAGGGGCUGUACGUUUCAAGAGCUCAAAGAGGCGCUUGUGGUUUUACGCAGCACCCCCUGGGAAGAGCUGCAGUUGUGGUUGGAAUUCUUCGAGCGCGUGUGGUUCCGGGAGUUUCUUGAUAACGACAAGGAAAUACAUCUCAUGGCGGGUACCCACCUGGAGACAGGAGUCGGAGCUACAGCCUCAGAGAUCCUCCAAAGCACCAGCAGGCGCCUUCACGUGAAGCAGCUGGAGCUGGACGAGGUGAACAUCAAGGUUUGCCUCAAAUGGGUGCGCUUUGUCUUGUACUACUACUGCGGUGGCAUCCAGGCCAUGAGCCUUGGCGAUGUCAUGCGGGUCCGGCUUUCCAGGCCCUCGCAGUACCUCAUCAAGGCUGAGAUGGCGGCUUUGGAGAUCACGGAUUCCGAGGAGGGUCACGAGGAGCAGGACUUGGAGCUUCAUCAGUCACUGGAGGUGAUACACCGGACCGUUGAUGAAGACGCACUCAUGCGUGUGGAGCAAGGCCUUGACCUGGCCCUUGCGCGGGGUCUUUCUUUGGAGCCUACUGACCUUGCACUGGAACGUCUUGAGCGAGGAAUUGACUUCGUCCUUGCCAGUGACGAUCCUGAUUGCAUUGGGUUGUAG